UUCACUCGCUGGCCGCUAGGUGUCCCCAUUUCUACUCUCCAAACUCAACUGUCUUUGCCACAGGAAGUAAAUGGUUCCUAGACAGGAAGUGGAGUUGUUUUUUUUUCUAUUGGACAGCUGGCUCCUGGGGGGAGAAAUCGGACCAAUCGUGCGAGUUUCAGCCACGGCGUGUGACUCGGGAGUUGUCGCGGCUGUUACUCGGAUGUCCGCCCUUUUCAGCGAGUCCUCCCUCCUCCGCCCGAGCAGCGCUGGUGAAGCGCGGUACUGCAGCUCAGGAGACGAGCUCUCUGAAGUCAGAGCAAGUUUUGUGCAGCUGACCAGCAGAAGAUGAGAUCGGAGAAGUCUUUUCAGCUCCGUGCAUUCUAGCCUGUUUGAAACCCUCAAAAGAACAACUUGUUACUCGGAUUAGUUGCCAGUAUACAUAACGUUAACACGUUUUGCUUUUAGGGUUUUCUGUUAUAAUACAUUGUACAUUGUGAUAUACCCUAACAAGAACUACACACACACACACAUAUAAAACAUCCAUAACUACCUACCCCCCCAAAAAACUCAAUUGAACUGUUAUUAUUACAAGUGGAGUACUUGCAUUCAAAUCACAUUGAGGAUUACUCUUGGCAAAUAUGAAUAACGUAAAGCAAAUAUCGAUCCAAAGCAUUGCUGGUGGCAUGUAUCAGGUACUGCCUGCUGUGGGCGCAGAUGGAAAAAAUAUCUUAAAACUUAUUCCGGUUCAGAAAGCUGAUGGAAAAUACGUUCGAACUGUUACUAAUCUAGCAAGCAGUUACAAGCAGGCUGUUGUUGAACCUGCUCGAGUUGUCACGCCAACCAAACUCCGCUUCACCACAACUAACAUUUCUCAAAGCCAGCUGCCCGUUCUACACCAAACAAGUCCAAUAAACUACAUUGUUAAAAGUCCUUCAAAUGGACCAGUUGUGCAAAACCAAACGGGGAGAAGGCCAGUCGAGGGAAAUGGUACUUUGCCAUCAACAAGUUCUUCAGUUCAAGUUUCCCCAGUUCCAGUUCUGCCCAGGCAGAAUCAGAACCUGGUUCUGGUACCAACAGGUGUAGUCAAUUCUCAGGGCACGUUUUCUAUUCAUAACCCAAAACACCUGCCUAUCACAUUGAAGUCAUCAGUGUUUCCCAAUGGACAUCUCCUCCAGAUUCCUGUUAAUGCAAAAGUGAAGACCGUACCAGCAAGUGCACUGCCACCAGCCAUUCAGCAGAAAAUACGUGCUGCAUCUGUCACUAGCGGCUCAGGAACGCCUGACCCUAAAACCAAUUUACAGACUGUUCUGUAUGUGACGCCAGUGAACACUGUUAGAAUGGUAACAACCAAUCCAACCGUCCAUCCAUCACCUACAGCAGAGUCACAGAACCCGAACCCGGAGAGCGCUCAGCAGUCUGUGAAUGAUACCCCUGUUAAGGGGCCAUCAGAACCUUCUAGGAUUAGUAGCUCAAAUAGUCAGACUCAAGAGAAACCAAUUAAAUGGGUUGUGGAAGAAUGCCCAGAUUCUCCAGCACCGUGCAUCGUUCCUAUCAACAAGUCCAGCAAAAACAGCAUGGCUACAAACAUCUUGAAAACCCUGACAACUGUUGAAAAGACUGGGGAAAACACUGCCCCGCCACCAGCCGUUUCCCAAGAAACCCACUCCCAGAUUUCAUCAGGAAAAGACAAUGCUUUGGUCAUGUGCAACGGGAAAGUCUUCUUUCUGGCUAAGAAAAGCCCUGAAUUAAUUACACCACCAGUUCAAAAACAGGACGUUAACGAAGCAGCCCAGAGGAUCAAUACGGAGACGUUGCAGAGCACUAAUUGUGUGGAGCACGCAGAUUCUGAAGUCACCUCUACCCAAAACCAGCAUUCAGCAACGUCAAGAGCUGGAGUUACAGGAAUUACCCGUAGGGACGACGCCACGCCAAUCAUAAUAAGAGAUGAUGCAGAUGAUUUGGGCAGCGAGGUUCAGGAAGUUGGCUAUUCAAAGCCUGAUGUGAUAUUUGUUUCCUACAUAAAACCAAAAAAAGUCGCUGUUGCAAACGUUGAAGGAGGAUCCGUUUCAGAAGUACUAACCAUUAAAGACGAUGAUGAACCUGAAAAGAGCUCUACAGGCCCAGUUCAAAGAUUUAGUGUAGAUGUUUUGCAAGACAAGAGCCAUCAAUGUGAAAGUGAUAGCCAGCUGAGGAAGAGGUUUGAAAUCACUUCCGAUGUUCGAAUACGCUUAGAAAAAAUUCAACCCCAAAUGUUAACAACGACCUCAACACAAACGAUCUCGUCAGACGCAUCUACAAGCAGAUGCCCUCUGGAAAGGAUUAGGAAAUUAAUUCAGGAGUCGAACGUUGUAAUCAGAACCAAGAAGAAUACUACAGCGACGGUUGAAGUAAAAGUUGACGAAGGCAAACCUGCACCACAAAAAAGAAAAAGUGAAAGCAGCUCCCCAAGCUCAAAGAAGAGUAGAGGAGAAACUCCAGAAAGAAACUCUGAAACUGACUGUAGCGCGCCAAGACAGAUUACACCUACACCAGAACCGCCUUCCCUAUCGCUGCCAGCGGCGAACCCAAGCACAUGCAUGAUGGAAACAGAAGAGGCAGUGCCAUCCUGCUCAAACACCCUCGGUACCGUAUCUCAGGAGCUUUGCAGCCCAGCAGCUUGGCAGCAACACGUUGUGAAGGCUGCUGGCACCAGUGUGGAUGAACAGAGCUUAGUUGUGGCUCCAGUGGAGUUUGAUGAAGUUGUCCGAGAUGAAAAAAUCAAAAGGUUGAAAGAUAUGUUGAAGCAGCAGGAAGCAGCUGUUGAAUUAAUUAGGAGUAAGAGACAUGUGCCAUGAAGCUGAUCAAAACAAUUGCUGUUUAUGUAUUUAUAUAGAUUUUUGUCUUUUUUGUAGUAGUAUUCCAAAAAAAUAUACUGUUCCAUUUCAAUAGCAACAAACAUGAUUUAAUAAAUCGAAACUGAAUCCGAACCCUUUAGUUAACAGGACCAAGUUAUAUACGAUACAUCUGCAUUUAAUGUUAAAGAUAUCGUUUAAGUUUAUCAUUUGAUAUUUAAACAAAAACAUAUAAACAGCUGUGUUUGUUUGCCUUUUCGUUGUUUCUAAGUCAAUCAGUUA